UGUCAACACCCACCGGCCACCGCGGUUGACGGUACUGCUUGGGUCUACGGCGGAGGACGCCGCCCGCGGCCGCGCCCCAGCAGCAGCCGCCAUGCCUCCUCUUCCCACCCUCCCCGUGCAGGCUCUUCUUCUACCCCAAGAGGACUGAAUCUAGCUGGGCAAUCGCUACAGACGCGCACCAGCGCCGCCGCCGCCGCCUCUACGCAUCCCCGCAAGGCUGGACCCUCGCCGUCAACUCCACCGGUCGCGGCACCGUCGACCGGCAAACGCAGUACUGCUGGCAAUUGGGGCCGUGGCAUCAAGGCAGACAAGCUGAAUGCGCUUCCUCUGGAAACUGUGUUCUCUUUGAAAGAACCUGUCGGCAUCGUCUUCUCGGAUGAACUGGGCGGGUUGUCGAAAGAAUCGACUGAAUCUGAGGGGCAAGAAUCGCCAUCGAGAAAGGCAGGGGAGCACAAGAGCCGCGUGCUCUCUGAAGUCACGGCGGCUGCUGAUGGCAUCGAAGUGCUGGAGCAAGUGACGAGGCGGGAGGCACAGGAUGGUGGCUUGGUGAGUACCGACUCAGAAGAGCAGGAGAAAACCACCGGAUCACAGCAGCAAUCAUCUUCAGAGGAAAUUUUACUGGAGACUAUGCCUAAACAGACAUCUGACAAGGUAGUUGCGGAGAACUCCCUAACAGCUAGAACAGAUGGUAAAACUAAAAGCUUUGUUUUGCCUGAUACGCGGAUCCGGAAUAUCAAGGAUCAGUUAAUCAAGGCAAAAGUCUACCUUGGCCUUGGAUCCAUUAGAGCAAAUUCCCAGUACCUAAAAGACUUAAGGCAGAGGAUACGAGAAGUCCAAAAGGUGCUUGGUGAUGCAUCUAAGGACACUGAUCUACCAAAGAAUGCAAAUGAGAAGGUUAAAGCACUGGAGCAGAUGCUAAUUAAGGGCAGACAGAUGCAGGAUGAUUGUUCUAUUGUUGUCAAAAAGCUUCGAGCUAUGCUUCACUCAGCAGAGGAGCAGCUGCAUGCACACAAGAAGCAGACUGUUCUUCUGACACAACUUGCAGCUAAAACCCUUCCUAAAGGUCUUCACUGCCUCCCCCUGAGGCUAGCUAACGAAUACUUUUCAUUGGAUCCUGAUCGGCAGCAGUUCCCAAACCAAAAUAAACUCACCAACCCAAAACUGUAUCAUUAUGCCUUGUUCUCGGAUAAUAUACUAGCAACAGCAGUUGUUGUAAAUUCAACAGUGUUAAAUGCCAAGCAUCCUUCCGAUCAUGUCUUCCACAUAGUAACUGACAGACUGAAUUAUGCUCCAAUGAGAAUGUGGUUCCUUUCUAAUCCUCCUGGAAAGGCAACAAUUGAAGUACAGAACACUGGGGAGUUUACAUGGCUAAAUGACAGCUACAGUCCAGUGCUCAAACAACUUGGGUCUCAGUCCAUGAUUGAUUACUACUUUGGAACAAAUCGUGCAAACCCAGAUUCAAAUUUGAAAUACCGAAAUUCAAAAUAUUUGUCAAUCCUUAAUCAUUUGCGAUUUUACUUACCUGAGAUUUAUCCAAAGCUUGACAAGAUGGUCUUUCUUGAUGAUGAUAUAGUAGUAAAGAAGGAUCUGACUGGCCUCUGGUCAAUCAAUAUGAAGGGGAAGGUAAAUGGUGCUGUUGAGACUUGUGGAGAGAGCUUCCAUCGCUUCGAUCGUUACCUGAAUUUCUCAAAUCCUGGUAUUGCCAAGAAUUUUGACCCCCAUGCUUGUGGUUGGGCUUUUGGAAUGAAUGUGUUUGAUCUGGCUGAAUGGAAGAGGCAGAACAUAACCCAAAUCUAUCACUCAUGGCAGAAGCUUAAUCAAGACAGAUCGCUUUGGAAAUUUGGCACUCUCCCUCCAGGUUUGAUCACAUUCUGGAACAAGACAUUCCCCCUCAGCCGGUCGUGGCAUGUUCUUGGUCUAGGUUACAACCCCCAUGUAAACAGCAGAGACAUUGAACGUGCUGCAGUCAUACAUUACAAUGGCAACAUGAAGCCCUGGCUAGAGAUUGGCCUGCCCAAGUUCCGAAGCUACUGGUCAAAGUAUCUAGAUUAUGACCAACCUUUCCUGCGGGAAUGCAACAUCAAUCCAUAAAGGAAGAUUGCACUUUCAAUCCCAUCUGACAUAACCAAUAGUUUUUUUUUGCUGAUAUGCUCUGUAGUGAUGGCAACACCACCGACUUUUCUAUUAACAUAGCCCUACACCAGGGGUCAGCAUUGAGCCCUUAUUUAUUUGCUUUAGUGAUGGAUGAGGUCACAAGGGAUA